AUGUAUCCUAGCACUGUAUCUUACAUUGCUAUAUACUCCUCUUUUCCAGUGCAAAACGGAGCUGUGACCCAAAAGGAUACUUUGAAUGAUGAUGAGUUUGAGCCUUACCUGAACACUCAGGCCAGACAGGUGAGUACCAGUCCACUACCCUCCGUUUGACUAGGCCCACACUGUACACUGUUCCUAACAUUUGCCUGCUUAGACUCCCGAGUGGCGCAGCGGUCUAAGGCAACUGCAUCUCCAAGGGCGUGAGGCGUCACUAAACAGACCCCCUGGUUUCGAUUCAGGCUGUAUCACAAAUUGGCAUUCAGAUUCCCACUUGCGCAGCGGUUUAAGACUGCAAUCAGUGCUGAGGGUCAUUCAAUAGAAAUCCCUGGGAUCGAUUCCUAGGCUACAUGACUCGGAUGGUGGUAAACUACAGACCCUGGUACUUUGCAUUCGUCAUCCAUAAUGGGGAGAUCUCGCUGUACAGCUUUACAGUGAAUUACUUUUAUACUGUUACAAUUCAUCAUGUUUAGCGUGUAAAUACUCUUCUCUCCCCAAUUUUUACUAUGUAGUCCAUUUCCUUUUCUAGAAUUCAUUUGGAAUUAAACUGGUCUUCAUCUUGUCGUAAUGUCUGUUGUGUGCCCUCAGUAGUGGGCCUAAAUGGAAAUAAUGGAGCCUGUAUUCCUCCAGUCAAAGGAAUGCCACUGUUUUGUCCUCAUAAAGCAGUUCAUUGGUGUGAAAGUGGAUACAGUCAUCCUAGUCUAGGUGGCAGCCGAGGCCGAUCGAGAUCCAAGCGAGGAUGUCCAUCAGUUCGAUGCCCUGCUUUCUGUAAUGUAAUGAUUGAAACAGUCAACAGGCUAACCAGUGUUUUCUUCUCUCCGCAGAGCAAUGCUUAUACGGCCAUGUCGGACUCCUACAUGCCCAGUUACUACAGCCCAUCCAUAGGAUUCUCUUACUCCCUGAACGAGGCAGCAUGGUCCACCGGUGGCGAUCCCCCCAUGCCUUACCUGGCCUCGUAUGGACAGCUGAGCAACGGGGAGCACCACUUCCUGCCCGACGCCAUGUUCGGCCAGCCCGGCCCGCUGGGCAGCAACCACUUCUUGGGCCAGCACAGUUUCAACUUCUUCCCCAGCAACAUAGACUUCUCUGCCUGGGGCAACAACAGCUCUCAGGGACAGUCUACACAGAGUUCUGGCUACAGCAGCAGCUAUGCCUACGCGCCCAGCUCGCUAGGGGGCGCCAUGAUCGACGGACAGUCCCCCUUCACCCAGAACGAGCCCCUCAACAAGGCCCCUGGCAUGAACAGCUUGGACCAGGGCAUGGCUGGACUUAAGAUUGGUGGCGGUGCUGGGGACAUGGGGGCCCCCAAGGUGGUGGGCUCUGGCCUCCCCGGGGGACCCCUAGGCCACAGCCAGGUUUCUGGUGGAGCUCCCAGCAUGCCACUGCCCCCCGUGUCCAUCGCCCCCGCCAAGCCCGCCUCCUGGGCGGACAUUGCCAGCAAGCCGGCCAAGCCGCAGCCCAAGCUGAAAACCAAGGGGGGCAUAACUGGGACCAACCUGCCCCCUCCGCCCAUCAAACACAACAUGGACAUUGGCACUUGGGACAACAAGGGGACCAUGCCUAAAGCGUCCACCCCCCAGCAGGCGCCUCUCCCCAACAACGGGCAGCCGCCCAACCAGGCCUCCCCUCAGCCCGGCACCAUGGCCGGAGGGACCCCGCAACUGCCCCUCAGCAACGGACAGUUGGUGGCCUCUUCGGCCCAGCUGGGGCAGCACCAAUUUCCCUCCAACGGACAGCAGGGCAUAGGGGGUCAGCUGCAGCUUUCCCAGGGCCCCCCGCCUGCCACCCAGCCCUCUCAGCCCACCCGCUGGGUCCCUCCACGGAACCGUGCCAACGGGUUUGGGGAUGCCGGGGGUGGGGCGGGGCAGUCGCCUCCCAACUCGGGCUUGGGUGGGGUGCUGGUGCCCUCGGAGCCCCACCCAGUGCUGGAGAAGCUGCGCCUGGUCAACAACUACAACCCCAAGGACUUUGACUGGAACCUCAAGCAGGGGCGUGUGUUCAUCAUCAAGAGCUACUCAGAGGACGACAUCCACCGCUCCAUCAAGUACAACAUCUGGUGCAGCACGGAGCACGGCAACAAGCGGCUGGACGCCGCCUACCGCUCGCUGGGCGCCAAGGGCCCCCUCUACCUGCUCUUCAGCGUCAACGGCAGCGGCCACUUUUGCGGCGUGGCGGAGAUGCGCUCACCAGUGGACUACAAUACCUGCGCCGGCGUGUGGUCGCAGGACAAGUGGAAGGGGCGCUUUGACGUGCGCUGGAUCUUCGUUAAGGACGUUCCCAACAGCCAGCUGCGGCACAUCCGCCUGGAGAACAACGAGAACAAGCCAGUGACCAACUCACGGGACACGCAGGAGGUGCCUCUGGACAAGGCACGGCAGGUGCUGAAGAUCAUCGCCGGCUACAAGCACACCACCUCCAUCUUUGACGACUUCUCCCACUACGAGAAGCGCCAGGAGGAGGAGGACUGUGUGAAAAAGGUAAAGGCCUGCCCUCCACCCGUCUGGGGAAAAUAAAUAGGCCUACACCUUGGGUUGUGUGCCUGGGGAGAGGCAUGCGAAGCCAUGGGUCUGUGCGCAAAGGUCCUGAGAGCAUGUCAAGAGCAAAAAUCCAGUUGAAGAGUGCAAUAGUUGAAAUAGAUUAUCAGUCAUUUAUAUGUGUGUUCAUCUUACAAUGUGCCGUUCCUACAGAGAAUUUGGAUAUGCCAGAAACAAAGUGCAUGAACAUCCCAGUUAUAAUAUUUUAAAAGUUCCAUGUUAGAUUUAUUAUCUCACAUGGAUUUGUGAAUUACGAAUGCUGACCUUAGUGUUGAUCAGGUGUGUCCAUAUGAAAUGUAAUGUUUAUUUCCAAUUCGGUAUCUAAUUGAUGAUCCUUGUGGAAAUGUAUCCCCCUUAUGUAUUAGGAAUUGAUGCAUUUGUUACUGUUGGGACUUUUUCAGACACUUGGCCUACCAAUCAAUGCUCUAAUUAUAUAGGCUACUGUAUGUCACCAUAUCAGUCCCUCCAGGAUUCUGCAGUGUUGUUUUGUGAUGGUUGCGGACCAAAAUGCUUGAUUUUGCUGCGAAUGUUCUGACACUGUGUUCUGCAUGGCAAUUUGUGAUGAUUUUGUCGAAUUUGUCACCUGCGCUGACUGGGGAGAAAAGUUUGUUGAUGUGUUGCUUUAUUGAGGCAUUUUAUGCGGUAAAAGCAUGGGGAAUAGUUAACAUUGUGAGCCCUGUUUUUGUAGUGUGGUGAUUGGACAUUUAUAUGCGGUAAUAGUGCGGCGAUUAGUCAAAUUUGCAAGCCCUCGCAUAAUAUGCGGUAGUUGAUUAGCAAAAAAUUAUGCAAUCGCACAAUCCUGGAGGGACUGCCAUAUACAUUUUUAAAAGGUGAAGUGGGAAGGUUUUUGCUAGUCUAGUUAACAAAAUGCCAGCAGUCACUUGUGAUUACCAAGAUGCAUUUUGUCGUUGAACCUUUUAUAAUGACUCCCCAAAUAAUUAGAAUAUACAUUAUUAUGCUCAGUCUCGACGUCAUGUUAUCCGAAACAUAACCCUCAUUCUUUACGGAGGAUUCUGUUCACAUUAUGAAAUGCAUGUUUACAUUGGUCCUUCAGUCUCAAUGGCCAUUAACCUACGCUUCAUGACCUAAAGUAUGUGGACACAUGCUCAUCGAAUCUCAUUCAAAAAUCAUGGGCAUUAUUAUAAUAAUAAUAAUAUGCCAUUUAGCAGACGCUUUUAUCCAAAGCGACUUACAGUCAUGUGUGCAUACAUUUUUAUGUAUGGGUGGUCCGGGGGAUCGAACCCACUACCCUGGUGUUACAAGCGCCAUGCUCUACCAAUUGAGCUACAGAGGACCACAUUAAUAUGGAGUUCAAAUCAAAUCAAAUUUUAUUGGUCACAUGCGCCGAAUACAACAGGUGCAGACAUUGGUCCCCUUUGCUGCUAUAACAGCCUCUACUCUUCUGGGAAGGCUUUCCACUAGAUGUUGGAACAUUGCUGCAGGGACUAGCUUCCAUUCAGGCACGAGCAUUAGUGAGGUUGGGCACUGAUGUUGGGCUAUUAGGCCUGGCUCGCAGUCGACAUUCCAAUUCAUCCCAAAGGUGUGGGGUUGAGGUCAGGGCUUUGUGCAGGCCAGUCAAGUUCUUCCACACCAAUCUCGACAAACCAUUUCAGUAUGGACCACUCUUUGUGCACGGGGGCGUUGUCAUGAUGAAACAGGAAAGGGCCUUCCCCAAACUGUUGCCACAAAGUUGGACGCACAGAAUCGUCUAGAAUGUCAUUGUAUGCUGUAGCGUUAAGAUUUCCCUUCACUGGAACUAAGAGGCCUAGCCCAAACCAUGAAAAACAGCCUCAGACCAUUAUUCCUCCUCCACCAAACUUUACAGUUGGCACUAUGCAUUCGAUGGUGAACGCGUUUCCACUGCUCCAGAGUCCAAUGGUGGUGCUCUUUACACCACUCCAGCCGAUGCUUGGCAUUGCGCAUGGUGAUCUUAGGCCUGUGUGCGGCUGCUCGGCCAUGGAAACCCAUUUCAUUUAACUCCCGACGAACAGUUAUUGUGCCGAUGUUGCUUCCAGAGGCAGUUUGGAACUCUGUAGUGAGUGUUGCAACUGAGGACAGAUGAUUUUUACGCGCUUCAGCACUCGGCGGUCCCGUUCUGUGAUCUUGUGUGGCCUACGACUGGCUGCUGAGCCAUUGUUGCUCCUAGACGUUUCCACUUCACAAUAACAGCACUUACAGUUGACCGGGGCAGCUCUAUUUGAGGUGCUUAUAGGCUAGCUCGGGUUCUGACUGGAGCUGUGUACAUCAUAAUACUGAUUAUUGUUAGAAAGGGGUGGACUCACUGUAGGUCUGUAUCGCUAUGUAUUACCGACUGUUUUUAUACAGACUACAGAGUGCUGGUUUGUCAGCUCUGAAGAGGAAGCAGCUUUCCUUACAUCGAAACAGGCCUAGCUAUUGGGUUAUAUUGGACAGUCCUGUUUCGCUUAAUACUCCAUUGAGACAUGCUGUUCCGACAAUGUUGCAAAUUUAAUUUCUGUCUCGUAUGUUUCCUUCAGUCUUAUUUUGCGGAAACUCAAACCAUGCUUCCUUACAUAGUGGUAUCCGAUGACAUUCAAUUUAUUUUUUUUAAAGUAACUGUCCAGUGAAAAUCUCACAGUUCCUAUUCUGUUAACUCCUAUCCAAAUAAUGUGGUUGACUCAUCCUAUGCUUGUAUUUGUGGCCUAAGUGUAAAUUGGAGAAAACACUACAAAAACCCCUCAAUCAGUAAAAAAAAAAAAUACUUGCUCUUUCCUCAUUGAGGAUAAUGUAAUCAUCCUUAGGAGGAUGAGCUGGCCAAUCAGCAGUCUACUCUCAAUACCCCAGACCAUACUGUUGGGGUGUGCCCACACCAUUCCAACACAGAAAAGCUGCUUAACAGUUUUCCUUUUAAAAAAAAUUGCAAUUAUUUCACUCGUAUUGUAAUGAAUUAUAGGUCAUAUUUCAUAGCAAUCUGGAAACACUGGACAGUUACUUUAGAGACGUAGCAUCCUUUUCCAUCAGUAUCUCAACAUUGCAUGACUGAGGCUGUGUGCAAAACACUGUCUGCAUUAUUUACUGCGACAAGGAAACUGCACUGCACCUGGAGGCAUUUCACAUUAUACAACUGGUGGUUCCAAUCCUGAAUGCUGAUUUGGUUAAAACCGCGUUCCAGCCGGUGUCUAUUCCACAAGUUACCACCGGCUUAAUCUAUGACGUUAAAAUGCCUAUUUACUCUGUUCCAUCUAUUUCACAGCGAACUCCCCAUACAUAUCCUGAAAAGACUUCAUAUUUACUAGUUGUCAAAGAAACUUAUGUCACUGAGUUAACUGCAGCUUCCUCUUAUCUAGACAAUCGAGAAAUGUGUUUAUCUUAGUUUUGUGGUCAACACAUUGAUACUGACAGCUUUCAAAUUACCAAUGAUCUUUGCUGUAUAACUUACCAAUGAAACAAAAUGUUAAUGUUUUAGAUACUGAUCGGGGUUGACUGAUUUUUAUGAUUCAAAUGUAAUGUUUCAUCUAUAUCCAAUUCGAGACCUGAGUCCACUUACUGUAAAUCAAUUAAGCUGUUGAUGCAUGUAUGCCCAAAAUUGAUGGAGGUUUCCCGUCCUUCCUGUUUUGUUCCUAACUAAAGCCUGAUGAUGUUUUGUUACCAGGUGGAGGUCCAGGGUAGCGAGCCGUACCCCAGUAACCCCAACCCCAGCAGGAGUCAUUACAGACUUCAG